AGGUGAAGGGCUUUCCCAGUUUGUGGUGCCUUACGUAAGUGCACAAUAUUCGUUUCCUGAGUUGGACUAGAAAGAGUGUUUUCAAGCAGCAUUAUUAAACUGGCAUAUUUUAAUGCAGUGCUGGUUCCGAGGUGAGCGUCGCUCCCCAACAGGCAAGAAUAAAGGUGCACCGCCCCUCCGUCGCCGCCUGUAAACACUGCGGCAUGGCGGCGACAGACAGAUUAAGAAGUUCUCUGAAGAAGCGGAAUAAUUUUUCAGUCAACAGAAGAAGUAUAGAUGCGUCAAAAAAUGCUGAGAGAAUUGAUGUUAAUGAGGAGCUGGAGAAGCUGCAGCCGUCACAGCGCCUGCUUGACUUUUACCGAGAAAAGAUCACCAAGAUUGAAACGGAGCACCAACGCAUGUGGGACUUGGUUGAGAAAUAUAGGAAAGUUUCACGACCCACGUUUGAUGAAGGGGAGCGCCAGGACAUGACACGUGAGCUGAUUGAGUUGCGGUCAGCCUUGUCAGACAUCAAUGUUUUCCUCCAUGCAGAAAGGCAGCAAGUUUCUCGUCUUCAUGCAGAAAAUGAACGGCUGCAGCUAGCAAAUCUAGAGGCUGAGAAGAAGGUGUCAAUGUUAUUGACCCUGAGUGGCCUGACAGAGGGAGAGCUGAAGGUGUUUCUGCGUGAUGCUCGUCGCACCACCAUCGUCAAGCAGAGGCUGCCACCACAUCUCAGGAUGCUCUACAGUAAGCUGAGGGAAGAAUUGCCAAAGCCCACACCAGGACACCCAGAAGAAAGUGAUGAAGAAUUAGUCCUGAAAGCAGAGAUUACCUCCCUGAAAAAGCAGCUGCAAGAAUCAGAGAAAAACUGGCGGCGUGAGAAAGAUGCUCUCCUCCAGGACAGAACAUUAGUUGCCUCAGAAAACAAGCUUCAGGUCUCUAAGGAUGAAGCACACAUCAACCUGCUUACAGCAAGGCUGGAAGAAUCCCAGAAUCUUGUCACAGAGGCUAUUCAAGAUUCUCUAAAGUCCAAGUCUAAAAUGCAGGAUGUGGAGAUGAAAUGGUUGGCUGAGAAGGACCAUCUCCUCUCUAUCUUAGCUUCUAUGGAGGAAAACAUGUCUCUAGUCUCUCACUUGGAGGCUAUUGGCAGGUCAGGCAGUUACACAGAUCUGACAAAGACAAAGUCAACAUGUGAACUUAAAGAUCUGAGGCGAGAGAAUGAUCUACUGAAGACUGAAGCAGCAGAAGCUGAAGAUUUACGUGUUGUUUAUGAGGCGCAGUGUCUUCAGAUGGAGCAGAGAAUGUGCAAACUUCGUGAGGAGAAGGAAGCAAAUGAGCAGACGUUUAAGGAACAAAACCAGAAACUUAGAAAACAGAUUGAAAUGCUAAAAGAUCAGAACAUGAAGCUAGAUGAAAGGCGGAAGACAGAUACUCAAGGCUUUCAGUCCAGCAUCAGACUUUUGAAAGAUGAUAUGAAAACAGUCGUCCAUCAGAUGUACAAGCUGACGAUGGCCUUCUCAGGUGAUACCAUACCAGUGGACUUCACAGUGCUGAAUGAGAUGCAGGCAGUGGCUACUUUGGUUCGGGCAGUGCAGAACACUAUCAGUGAGGCCAGACGGAGGGCACUCAGGGGGGAAUGUGACCUUGUCUGUGCCGGAGAGUUGUAGGUGAAGGAAUAUGAUGGGGAACAAUGCAGAGUGAAUUUAUUCAUUCUCCAGAACUACUUAUACAGGAGGUAGGGGGAAAGAAGAUAAUAUUGUAGACCUUACAGAAUUGAAGUUGGAGAGAUCAAAUUUCUUCAUUCUGGAGAAUUAUAGAAAAGGAGAAAGAGUAAUUAUAUAUAUCAAAAGAUGUUAUGGAGAGUAAACACAUGUAUCUGGCAGGAAAAAACAAGUUUUCACAAACCUGUAAUGAAAUGAGGAAAUGUUUCUUGAUAAAGAAGAGUAAAGGUGGUAGAUAAUUUGGCUUUAAAGUCUUACUUUUCUUGAAGGCUAGUGAUUAAAACAAAAACUGAAAUGUUUGUGCCUUAAUUUGUUCCAAGUGAAAUGUACAUAUACAUAUUGAAAUAUUACAAUGCCAAACUGAUAGGUGGUCAGGAUUACCUAAAUAAAUUUUUUUACCACAGUCAUUCCUUUUAAUGGAAUUGUAAGAAGCUAUGAUAGGACAGAUGGAUAGUUGAAUUAAAUCUUUGAAAUUUA